UCGGUCAGAUGGGAUAAUAUUGCAUGCACCACGCAGUACACAACCUGUUUCUUCUCCUUUCUGUAAAACUUCUCUGCUGUCAUCAUACACAACAGCGAGGAAUGAAGACGAAGAGCCACAGACCAGGACUUCUGUGCCCUCAUGCAGACAUCAGCUAGUGAAUGCUGUAAAAGAGCAGUGCCAGUGUGAAAACUGCUAGAAGAAUUUAGAAUUGAGGUAUAUCAUGUUUCCUUAAGAUACAUCCAAGACUGAAUACAUGAUUUGUGGCAAUAGAAAAGUGGAUGAGAAGGAACCAUAAUGCCUUUCUUUGAUUCAUCGUUGUCUAUGGAACUUGGAAUUGUCCAUACAAAAUUGAAAAGCAUUGCUUAUGUCUUUCUGCUGCUCAUCGUCAGCAUUGUUAGUGGUGCCCCUGGGGUGUGUCCUCCAGCCUGCAUUUGUGCCAGUGAUAUAGUAAGCUGCACAAAUAGAAACUUAUCUACAGUGCCCAGGACAAUCUUCAAAUUUAUUAGAAAACUAGAUCUAAGCUACAAUAAAAUAGGAUUCCUGGACCCAGACUGGUUCCCAGUCAUGUUUGAUAAAUUGCACACUUUAAUAUUGCAUCAUAACACCAUAAGCAGCAUCUCUGGUGGUAGUUUCUCCACGCUACGAAAUGUAAGAUAUCUUGAUUUAUCAUCCAAUCAUCUAAGGACGCUGAGCAACCCAGUUUUUCAAGAACUUAAGAUGUUAGAAGAGCUCCUGCUGUACAACAACCAGUUAACUAACAUAGAUUCUGGGUCAUUUGGAGGACUCCAUAAACUGCAAAAAUUAUACCUGGGGGACAAUGAACUGUCACAUUUCCCACUGGACCUAUAUGUUGGCAGGAAUAAACUUUCGGAACUUGUUAUGUUGGACAUUUCACAUAAUAGCUUGCAAUCAGUGCCUGUACAGGAUAUAAGUUUAAUUUCUGCCAGGCAACUUAGUGGAAUUUACCUUCAUGAAAAUCCGUUUGUAUGUGACUGCCAAUUGAACACAAUGUUAAACUUCUGGUAUCGCAAACGCUUUGCUCCAGUUAUGGAUUUCAAAAGUUAUUAUACCUGCAGUUUUCCAUCAGAGUCUAAAAAACAGCAUCUUCUUCAAGAGAACUUUAUCAACUGCUCUGAAAGUACUGUGACGGAGUCAUUUUAUGCAUUUGGCCUGUUGUACGAGGUUCAGAUUGGAGAAAGGCUGGUGGUACAUUGUGACAGCAAGAUAGUAGACAAGGACACACAAUUUAUUUGGAGAAGCCCAGAGGGCAAAAUUCUCCAACCGGAAAAAAAGACUGAACAUUUCCAUGUCUUUAUCAAUGGAAGCCUAGAAAUUGAAGAGGCACAAAUUGUAGAUUCGGGUAUAUAUUCCUGCAUGGCAAUAAACAAACUGGUUAAUGAAACCAUAGAUAUUAGAGUAACAGUGGGCAAUUUUACAAGUCACAAGUCUAAUUCGCAUGAAGCAUUCAACACGGCCUUCACUACACUUGCUGCAUGUGUGGUCAGUAUCAUUUUAGUCCUUCUCUACCUUUAUCUCACCCCCUGUAGAUGCUGGUGUAAAUCUAAGAAAAAUAAAAGGAAACAGAACCAAAACAGUGCUCACUCCUCCAUUUUAAGUGCAACGCCAUCACACGAGCCCGAGGUCGAAAGAAAAUCCAGCACGGGAAAAAGGGUAGUCUUCUUGGAGCCAGUCAAGGAAACAGACCAAGGCCAAAAUGGGAAAGUCCGACUGAUCCCCAAUGAGAACCUAACAGCAGAUAGCAUUUUAAAGAACAGCAGAUCAAAGUCUGACUCUGAUUCUGUCAACUCUGUCUUCUCAGAUGCCCCUUUCAUUGCGCCAGUGUAACAAUUUGCCUAAAUCACUAUUUGGCACAUUUUGGCAUAAUACAAGCAACAGUGACUCUUAACAAAACGUACAACUCGUGGAAACAGAUGCCUUUGUAAAUCUAAUAUCUAAUAAGGGAGAUGAAUGUACAGUUCUAUACUUCACUAGCUACAAGCACAUACAGGAGACAUAUGUUUGAGUCAGGAAUUACGAUCGUCUAUAUACCUACCUGUCUUUGUUUACUAGGGAAUCUUCCGUUUUAGGAAGACCAGUUUGUAUUCUUUAGCUCUGGGAUUUGAUGUGAGUUUACAACAAUUGCAUUUGCCACAAUUGCAGUUGGAUAUAUUAUCCGGACCUAUCAACCGAAUGCAGUCUCAGAUUGUAUUAUUAUAACAGAUUGCAGCAACAUGGGUUUGGGUUAUAAUGUAGCAACAUAUAGUGGUCAACAGUCAGUCUUCAGGAGGUUCUUUCCUCUGGUUGCUUACAUCAUGAUAGACCAUUUACAGCCUAUGCCACUAUAAAAAAAAAAAAAAAAAAAAUUUCCAUCUACUAUGCUUAAACUUCAGUUACAAUGAUCAACUAUUUACCUUUGCAUACUGACAGAGUUAAAGCAUCCUAUGCUUUUUGUUUAUGUAUGUUCAUUUUCUAAGGAUUAUUUUUUAAUUAUUUUUAUUUAUAGAAGGAUUUAAUAAAAUAAAAAAAGCCUUUGCUAUGCAAAGUGAUUAACUUGAGCUAAAUGUUAGCACAGGCAGAAAAUCAUCCAAAUAGGACUCUUGUGUCUAUGAUUACUACUGCAGAUGUUCACUUACAAGAGGUUAAUAUUCUUGAGUAGACAGGAAUAUCCCUUAAGCGGGCAAAGCUGAUAUUUAGACCAUGACGAAUGAAAUCUCAAUGGAUGUUGGCUUUAUUACAUAAUAUUGUUUACAGACUCGUUGGAAUAUAUUCAUCGUUUAUUGUGCACUAGUUAUUACAGAUUAACCAAAUAUCUGGAAGCAAGUCAAUGGCUUGUAAAUCUCCAAAUUUCAUUUAGUGAAGACUGUGGGAUAAUUGAUUCUAUAGGAGGUCUACAUUUAAUAACAGUAUAGCAGCUUAGGUAGAGUUUAGUGUUUGGUAGAUGGUUAGUAUCUGCCUUGGAUAUAUACAGUAUCUAUCAACUAUUGAAUAGCUUUACUCAGUUUAAUGAUAUGCUGUACUAGCAGUAAUGUAAUAGCCAUAAAGCUAACUUAAUGAUGUUGGGUCAACAUGUUGUCCUAUUAUAAAGGUAUAUAGUAGAUAAAAUAUAGCAUAUUUUUCAUCAUAAUAUGUUCUACUAAUGUGUACUUUGCCUCCAUAUAGCCUAUAUGUAUUUUUUCACUUUGAAUGACUUUGAAAAUGUUUAUAUUUAUAUCUGUUCUUUGACUUAACUUGGUAUGGUGGUGUAUGUAUGAAGCGACAUCGUCAGAAAAAAAAAAUGUUAAGGUUGAAGUGGAGUACAAGAGAAAUGUCAUUAAUCUGUUGAA